AUGGGUGACCUGGUUGACUCGACCAUGGGCCGUUCUUCGCGACAGCAGCAGACUUGCGCCUCCAGGGAGAGGGUGAAGAUGAUCCAGGGCAUACAAAGCAUGGCCCCGGCCCACGGCACCGAUCGCGGCGCAGCGGCGCGGAGCGUGCUGACCGGCUUCGGGGAGGAAGACGUGCAGAUGACGGAGCGGCAGCCGAGGAGACGGCAGGCGAUCGCCUUCUCGAUAAUAUGCCGCCACCUGGACUCGAUGCGGGAAAGAGACGGAGGCGACGUCAGCCAGCUCUGCCAGUUCGUCGGCGGCGAGGGCGGCACCGGCAAGUCGCGCGUCAUCGAAGCACUCGUGGGCCUCUUCGCCGCCAAGGGGCCGGGCGAGAACACGGCGAGGAACGUCGACGGCUCCCGGAUGGACUGGCGGGACAAAGACGUGCUCGUCAUCGACGAGGUGAGCAUGCUCGGCGCGCGGACGCUGCACGCCGUCAACGAGCGGCUCUGCCAGCUCCGGGGAUCGCGGCGGGACUUCGGCGGCAUCCCCAUCGUCCUCUUCUGCGGGGACUUCCACCAGUUCCGCCCGGUCCAGGAGCGGUCGAUCCUGCUGCCGAGCGCCGCCGUCUCGUGGGACGAGGACAGCUCGUUCAGGGCCGAGCAGCGCCACCAGCACGACAGGGCGCACGCGCUGUGGAGGCGGUUCACGACCGUCGUCAUGCUGGACGAGCAGAUGCGCGCCGCCGGCGACCCGGAGCUGCAGGGGCUCCUGCGGCGGAUCCGACGGGCGCGGAUCCCGUGGGAAACGGGCAUCACGGUGGUGACGCCGCUCAACAGGAACCGGUGGAACCUCAACAUGGAGGCGAGCCUGGCGUUCCAGAUCCAGCAGCGGUCGACGGUGCGCAUCUUCCUCUCCGAACACAAGUGGAAGGACGGCCUGCCGACCGAGGAAGAGGCCAUCACGAUGCUGAACCAGGGCGACGACAGCGCGAUCCCGGUGCCGGCCGUCUUCAUGUUCGUGCCGGGGAUGCCGGUCGUCGUGAACCACAACACUCACCAGGGGCUGAAGCUGGUGAACGGCGCCGGCUACACGGCGGCGGAGGUCAUCAUCGACAAGGCGUACCCGGGGCAUCGGAUCUCGGCCGACAUGACGAUCCACUUCGGGCCGCCGGCGGCGAUCAUACUGGGGUCGGAGACGACCAAGGACUUCCACUUCGUCGGGAUGCCGGCCGGCACCAUCCUGCUGACGCCCAUGAGCGUCAGGGUCCAGCGUCAGCGGAAGCGACCGUGGCAGCAGAACGACGUCAGCCGCAAGGGCCUGCCGUGCGCCGCCGCCUUCGCGUGCACCGAUUACAAAGUGCAGGGGGGGACGCUGGAGCGCGUGGCGCUCGAGCUGCGGGGGACGAGGACGACCAACGUCGGCGGACGCGCCGUCCCGUCGCAGUGCGACCCGUACAGCCUGUACGUGCAGCUAUCGCGGUGCCCGACGCUGGACGGCAUCAUGCUCGUGUCGAAGGUGCGAGAGAGGGACCUGGUGGGAAACCGGGUCCCCGGGGAGAUGACCGCCGCACAGGCGAGACUGGAGGAACUAAGCGACAGAAGCGUUCGGGAGGCGCUGUGCUGGCUCGGCGACGACUUGGACGCCGCGAGGCAAGAGAGGGAAGGCUUGGUAGGCACGACGUCGUCGGACGCCGCGGGAACGGCUGACCGCGGGAACGGCUGA